AUGGUGCUAGAGAGAGAUUAUGCCAAUGUUCCUGAUUCUUCAUCUUCGGAGGUUGUACCUAAGAGUCUUCCCUUCAUUUCAUGGGUGGGAGUGAAUGACUUUGCUGUCAUCUUUGAUGGCUUGGUCGAAAGAUUUGUUGAUGGUCGAGCUCAAUUCUUACUCUGUAAGGAUCUUAUCAGUUUCUUGAACAACAAUUGCGUCCUGGGCCCCAGGUAUCUGGAGAAGAAAGUUGACCUGCUCUGCAAGUAUGAACCUCACCCAUUAAGGGCUCCUAUCCCUGUUCGUCAAUCAGAAGGGAUUGACUAG